AUGGGAUUGUCGCUUCGAUGCGGAAUGGUUACGAAAGUCAAUUAUGAUAGUCCUUUCAAGGGUUUAAUUGUGACUGGCGAUAUCAUAAUGUUUAUUAAUGGAACAUUGGUCACAUUUGAAGAUAAGUUGUCAUGGAGCAAAGGCUCGAGUUCGAUCAAAGUCGACAUCGGAUUCAUUCGAUUGAAAUCGCGAAUGGGCCGAAAUCCACUGCCUUCUUGUAUCACACAAACUGACGGACAUGUUGUUGAACAGGCGAUUCUAUACCAGUUCAAGUUCCUCAAAUUGGGCUUGAAUAUUCAGCAGGCUGAGGAUCGGAUAAUUGUGAACUACACGAAUCCCGACACCUCGUCGCAUAUUUGCCUAAACAUUGGCGAAACAAUUCUUGCUGUUGAGGACCAACCUGUCACCAGUCUCGAAGAUGUCAAACGGAAAAUUCUCGAUGCGUGCUACAAACACGGCAUGGCGAAAAUUUUGCUGGAUUAUCCGACGACAGACAUGCUCAAAAACGGAAUCAGAAGCAGGCUAUCGAAUGCCGCAAAAUCUGGCGAACGACCGGUUUACGCGAUUGGUGCCGACGUAAAGAAAUUCGCGCAGGAAGGCAUUGAGAAGCUGAAAGAAAGCAAAGAGCCCGACUCAAUUCUAUCAAAAGACAAACGGAAAACGAUCGAUUCUGAAAAUCAAAAAAUAUCGGCAGAAGGAAAAUCGACUGACAACAAAUCAAUAGAAAACAAAUCAUUGGAAAAUUCGAAAGAAAAACUGAAAUUAAAUGAGAAGAAAUCACUAGAAAAAAUGAAAUCUCAAGAAAAUCAUGCACAUAGAAAAGCGAAUCCGAUAGUGAAAAAGUUGAUGUUCUUCAAAAAAGGAGACAAAGGCUUAUCAUUUCGAGACACCGCUGAUGAGCACGAUAUACCGAGCGAAUGGAACUCGAAACUUUUCGUCGUUUUACCACCACUGAAAACAAUUGAAACUGAAAAAGAGCCGAACAGAAAUGCGCUAACAAAAUAUGAGAAAACUCCAAAAUAA